GAGGAGGAGGAGGGUGAUAGGGGUUCUUGACCGGACCGGCCAUUUCUACGCCUUGUGCUUGGACCGGCUGAGUAGCCUGUCCCGCCGCCCCUCAGGACCUGUGCAAAGCCUGGAAACUCGCAGCCCUUGCAAAGCUUGGGAUUGCAAGCCUGACCCGGUGCCUGUUUUCUCGGAAGCAAAUCCCACUUAGUUCAGUUGGGCUGACUCCCAAGUGCAUGUAUGUUAGACUGAAGUGGGAACUUAAGUCCGAGUAAACAUGCACAGGAUGGUGAUUCUUAUAAGUGCACUCACGCACUAUGAACGAAGUCCCGCUGAACUUCAUGGAUUACUUCUGGCUUUGAAAAGGUUGAGAGAAGCUGCCAAUGCUAAUGAUUUAGAAACAGUGCAGCAGCUUUUGGAAGAUGGGACUGACCCCUGUGCUGCCGAUGACAAAGGUCGAACAGCUCUGCACUUUGCUUCCUGCAAUGGAAACAACCAUAUUGUACAGUUACUCUUGGACCAUGGAGCUGAUCCAAACCAGCGAGAUGGACUGGGGAACACUCCCCUGCAUUUGGCUGCCUGCACGAACCAUGUUCCUGUCAUCACCACAUUGCUCCGUGGAGGAGCUCGAGUAGACGCCUUGGAUCGAGCUGGAAGGACCCCUCUGCACUUGGCCAAGUCAAAGCUGAACAUCUUGCAGGAGGGCCUCUCGCAGAGCUUGGAAGCCGUGCGGCUUGAAGUAAAGCAGAUCAUCCAGAUGUUGCGGGAAUACCUUGAACACCUUGGGCGCCAUGAGCAGCGGGAGCAGUUGGAUGAUCUUUGCACCAGGCUACAGAUGACAAGCACAAAAGAACAGGUGGACGAAGUUACUGACCUCUUGGCCAGCUUCACCUCGCUCAGCUUGCAGAAGCAGAAGAUAGAGAAGAGGUAACAGGCUUUCCUGCUGUCAUCCCCAUAUCAAAAUGAGAAGUCUCUGGGCACUGGAACUCAAGAGCUGCUGGAACUCACCUACAAGUCUACAGACUUGCUGUCCAUAUCAAGCAUGCGCUCCCUGUUGAAUCUGUGCCAAACUGUCCAAGACUGCCAGGCAUCGCCACUGCCUUGGACACUUCCUUCAGGACAAGAGAGGUCCACGGUGAAGCCCUGGCCUUGGGAAUAAUGGGCUACUCUUCUCCCGCUCCCCUUUCCCCAAGCAUCAGGAUAGCUGCUUUAGUGAAUGAGGUCAACACUUGCAGGGGAGUAGCCCCAUUUCAAGGACACUGCCACGUCCUGCAAGUAGCAGCUCCAACGUGUUUCUAGCACAUCUGGGAAGUGAUGGCUGUCAGGCACGCAAUCGCACACAACUUGCCUGCUUGUAAUUCAGCGUUCCCAGCAUUUAAGCACACGGACCCUUGUAGAAAUGGUGGGAGACUUCCUACCCCUGGUCAGCAGCUAAUGUUGAAUGGGGGCCAUAUUUUUGAACUGAGACAGGGUUGGAGGGCCAGCAAUGCUGACUCCAACCACUACUGAGAUACAGAGGUCUCUUUAACCACCUCCUCCUCCCCCCCAUCCAAAGUGAACAGCAAAAGAAACAUUGGCAGAGCUCUUCCCUCCUGCACUUUGGUGACCUGUUCCCAAAUUCUGCAUUUUGGCCCAUGAACUGGUGUCCGUAGCUGAGGUGCAGGAGGGCAGAACUGGGCCCGAGCUUUUGUUGCCACUCCUGUUGGCGGAGGGGUUGUGGGGAGAGGUUUAAAGAGCUCUUUGCCUAUGUCUGUCGGCUUGGGCCUAAGCAGUUGGCUGACUUGCAUAAUAAGAGAGUCCCUGGAAUGGGAGCCUGUGUUGAGGCUCCCACUGGGAAGCCCAGCAGAGCCCUGGGGAGCAGAGUCAGAAUGGGUCCCCCUAUUCCUACUCUAGCUCUCCCCCUCCCAUGAUUUAAUCUCUGUUCCAGCAAACUGAGAUGGAACUCGCAUGGAGAGCACUGGCUUCGUUCCCUCCUAUGUACCCCUGUGCAACACCUGCUAAGCAGGCAAAGAGGUGCCCUUUUAAAGUGGUAGCUCUCUCUCUAUUUAGCAGGGGAAGAACAGCUUUCUGUUCAUUCCAGCAUAGUGUCCCUCCUAAUGAUAGUUGGCUGGUGUCUCUGUGUGUAUUAAUCUUGUGAGCCCUUUUGGAACAGGGAACCACUUUCUUACUUCUUUUUCUUUGAGAACCUUGUUGAAGUGGUAUAUAAAUAUUCUUAUUAAUAAUGAUGAUAAUACUCUUCUCCCUAGAAGAGGAUAGUCUCCAUCUAGGAUAAUAUGUAUAUUUGUAAUGAAGGGCAGAGAGGGUGUGCUUUCCCGAUGCGGGUGCACAGACUGGACAGUUGAUUCUUUCUUGGUGUUACCAUUAUGCUUUCCUCUGAGCAGGCCGCAGAAAUGCCUCUCUUCUGAUUUGUGGUAGCCUCCUAUUUAAUAGCACAGUUGUAUUGCAUGCAGAGGUUAAGAAAAUGUGUCUUAUUCUAUGAAUAAAAUAGAAAAGAACUUCAUAGGCCUGUAUUCACCCUGAGAGAACAUGAGAGGAGGAUUCAUCUUACACAAAGGUAGGGACUGGGUGCCUGAUACGUGCCAAUCCAUUGGACUAAAAGCCCUCAAGGAUGUGGCUGCCUCCUGUUUUGACUUCAUUCAGCUCAGUUGACUGAGGGGCAGGGGUGAAUAUUUAGCAAAUUUGUUCUCAGGAGUCCUGGUUGCUUUUUCCUGCUUCACUGCAAUUCCAAGGCUGUUCUAGAACCUUGAGACCAGUAGGCUAUUGUGACCUUUUUUCUUUUUCUUUUUACAAGUGUGCUGCUUUUGUGGCAGAGGAGAAUAACUGGAUUCCUAUCUUUACAUAGAAGCCCAAAUAUUGGCUAUCACGACCUAAACUGCAUUGACAGAGAAGCCUGAAUGCUCAGGGUAGGAAAGUUUGGGACGGAUUUGAUUUCUGACCUUGCUGGAGCUGUCACUGUGAAUGGAAUGAACUUUACUCCUGUGUGCAAGAAGGAUGGCGGGCGAUGUGAACUUUUCCAUGGUGAACAUCAAUAAAAUGCUGUCUGCUUUUA